AUCUACGAAAUGGUAAACGUAUAUAUUCUGUACAAUUUAUACAGGCGUCGUCAGUUUGGUGCAAAAUUUGAAUACAAAAAAAAAGACCGGACACAUUGUUAUGAAAUAUUCCGCACUCACAUUGCUUAGUGCUUUUGCACUAGCAACAGCAAGACACACUUCAAAUGAUUGUCCAAAUGAUUCGAAUACAGAAAAGUUAUUACCUCAUCGUAAUUGCAACAGAUUCUAUAAAUGUUCAAAUGGAAAGCUUGUUCCAUUGACAUGUCCUUCGAAGCUUUAUUUCAGUAUCGAACAAAACAGAUGUGAAUGGGCUGAAAAAGUAAAUUGUGAUAAUAGAGAAGUUCCCGAUGGCAAUGAUAAUAGUAAUAAUGAUGAAACCAAUAUAGGAGGAGGAAACUGUGAUCCAAGCUUAGCACCUGAAAUCUGUGCUGCCGAUGGCUCCAAUGAUGUAAUGGUAGCUAAUCAAAACUGUAACCAGUUCUACAUCUGCGCCAAUGGACAACCUAUAGUAUUGACAUGUCCUGAUAAUUUAUUCUUUAAUCCCAAUACUGAUCGUUGUGAUUGGCCUAAUAAUGUUGAUUGUGAUGGUCGUUUGAUUCCUGAAAAUAAAACCAAUGAAAGUGAUGAUACUAGCUAUAGUGAUGAAAGUGAUGACAGCAAUGACAGUGACGACAGUGAUGAUAAUGGCGAUGACAAUGAGUCCUGUGCUGGCGAAGAAGUCGUAGGAGGAGGCAAUGGCAACCCCAAUUUAGCACCUGAAAUCUGUUCCGCUGAAGGUUCCAAUGACGUACUUGUAGCUCACGAGAACUGCAACCAGUUCUACAUCUGUGCCAAUGGUAAACCCGUAGCCAAAUCUUGCCCUGCUAACUUACUCUUUAAUCCGAAUACAGAUCGUUGCGAGUGGCGCAAAUGUGUAGAUUGUGGAAAUCGCGUGGUUCCUGAUGAUGAUUGUAGUGAAAAUGAUAACAACAGCAGCGGCGGUGAAAGUGACGAAAGCAUUGACAGCAAUGACAGUGACGAUAAUGAUGAUAACGGCGAAGAUAACGAGUCCUGUGCUGGCGAAGAAGUCGUAGGAGGAGGCAAUGGCAACCCCAAUUUAGCACCUGAAAUCUGUUCCGCUGAAGGUUCCAAUGACGUACUUGUAGCUCACGAGAACUGCAACCAGUUCUACAUCUGUGCCAAUGGUAAACCCGUGGCCAAGUCUUGUCCUGCCAACUUACUCUUCAAUCCAAAUACAGAUCGUUGCGAGUGGCGCAAAUGUGUAGAUUGUGGGAAUCGCGUAGUUCCUGAUGAUGAUUGUAGUGAAAAUGAUAACAACAGCAGCGGCGGUGAAAGUGACGAAAGCAUUGACAGCAAUGACAGUGACGAUAAUGAUGAUAACGGCGAAGAUAACGAGUCCUGUGCUGGCGAAGAAGUCGUAGGAGGAGGCAAUGGCAACCCCAAUUUAGCACCUGAAAUCUGUUCCGCUGAAGGUUCCAAUGACGUACUUGUAGCUCACGAGAACUGCAACCAGUUCUACAUCUGUGCCAAUGGUAAACCCGUGGCCAAAUCUUGCCCUACCAACUUACUCUUCAAUCCGAAUACAGAUCGUUGCGAGUGGCGCAAAUGUGUAGAUUGUGGAAAUCGCGUGGUUCCUGAUGAUGAUUGUAGUGAAAAUGAUAACAACAGCAGCGGCGGUGAAAGUGACGAAAGCAUUGACAGCAAUGACAGUGACGAUAAUGAUGAUAACGGCGAAGAUAACGAGUCCUGUGCUGGCGAAGAAGUCGUAGGAGGAGGAAAUGGCAACCCCAAUUUAGCACCUGAAAUCUGUUCCGCUGAAGGUUCCAAUGACGUACUUGUAGCUCACGAGAACUGCAACCAGUUCUACAUCUGUGCCAAUGGUAAACCCGUGGCCAAGUCUUGUCCUGCCAACUUACUCUUCAAUCCAAAUACAGAUCGUUGCGAGUGGCGCAAAUGUGUAGAUUGUGGGAAUCGCGUAGUUCCUGAUGAUGAUUGUAGUGAAAAUGAUAACAACAGCAGCGGCGGUGAAAGUGACGAAAGCAUUGACAGCAAUGACAGUGACGAUAAUGAUGAUAACGGCGAAGAUAACGAGUCCUGUGCUGGCGAAGAAGUCGUAGGAGGAGGCAAUGGCAACCCCAAUUUAGCACCUGAAAUCUGUUCCGCUGAAGGUUCCAAUGACGUACUUGUAGCUCACGAGAACUGCAACCAGUUCUACAUCUGUGCCAAUGGUAAACCCGUGGCCAAGUCUUGCCCUGCCAACUUACUCUUCAAUCCGAAUACAGAUCGUUGCGAGUGGCGCAAAUGUGUAGAUUGUGGAAAUCGCGUAGUUCCUGAUGAUGAUUGUAGUGAAAAUGAUAACAACAGCAGCGGCGGUGAAAGUGACGAAAGCAUUGACAGCAAUGACAGUGACGAUAAUGAUGAUAACGGCGAAGAUAACGAGUCCUGUGCUGGCGAAGAAGUCGUAGGAGGAGGCAACGGCAACCCCAAUUUAGCACCUGAAAUCUGUUCCGCUGAAGGUUCCAAUGACGUACUUGUAGCUCACGAGAACUGCAACCAGUUCUACAUCUGUGCCAAUGGUAAACCCGUGGCCAAGUCUUGUCCUGCCAACUUACUCUUCAAUCCAAAUACAGAUCGUUGCGAGUGGCGCAAAUGUGUAGAUUGUGGGAAUCGCGUAGUUCCUGAUGAUGAUUGUAGUGAAAAUGAUAACAAUAGCAGCGGCGGUGAAAGUGACGAAAGCAUUGACAGCAAUGACAGUGACGAUAAUGAUGAUAACGGCGAAGAUAACGAGUCCUGUGCUGGCGAAGAAGUCGUAGGAGGAGGCAAUGGCAACCCCAAUUUAGCACCUGAAAUCUGUUCCGCUGAAGGUUCCAAUGACGUACUUGUAGCUCACGAGAACUGCAACCAGUUCUACAUCUGUGCCAAUGGUAAACCCGUGGCCAAGUCUUGUCCUGCCAACUUACUCUUCAAUCCAAAUACAGAUCGUUGCGAGUGGCGCAAAUGUGUAGAUUGUGGGAAUCGCGUAGUUCCUGAUGAUGAUUGUAGUGAAAAUGAUAACAACAGCAGCGGCGGUGAAAGUGACGAAAGCAUUGACAGCAAUGACAGUGACGAUAAUGAUGAUAACGGCGAAGAUAACGAGUCCUGUGCUGGCGAAGAAGUCGUAGGAGGAGGAAAUGGCAACCCCAAUUUAGCACCUGAAAUCUGUUCCGCUGAAGGUUCCAAUGACAUACUUGUAGCUCACGAGAACUGCAACCAGUUCUACAUCUGUGCCAAUGGUAAACCCGUGGCCAAGUCUUGCCCUGCCAACUUACUCUUCAAUCCGAAUACAGAUCGUUGCGAGUGGCGCAAAUGUGUAGAUUGUGGAAAUCGCGUAGUUCCUGAUGAUGACUGUAGUGAAAAUGAUAACAACAGCAGCGGCGGUGAAAGCAUUGACAGCAAUGACAGUGACGAUAAUGAUGAUAACGGCGAAGAUAACGAGUCCUGUGCUGGCAAAGAAGUCGUAGGAGGAGGCAAUGGCAACCCCAAUUUAGCACCUGAAAUCUGUUCCGCUGAAGGUUCCAAUGACGUACUUGUAGCUCACGAGAACUGCAACCAGUUCUACAUCUGUGCCAAUGGUAAACCCGUGGCCAAGUCUUGUCCUGCCAACUUACUCUUCAAUCCAAAUACAGAUCGUUGCGAGUGGCGCAAAUGUGUAGAUUGUGGGAAUCGCGUAGUUCCUGAUGAUGAUUGUAGUGAAAAUGAUAACAACAGCAGCGGCGGUGAAAGUGACGGAAGCAUUGACAGCAAUGACAGUGACGAUAAUGAUGAUAACGGCGAAGAUAACGAGUCCUGUGCUGGCGAAGAAGUUUUAGGAGGAGGCAAUGGCAACCCCAAUUUAGCACCUGAAAUCUGUUCCGCUGAAGGUUCCAAUGACGUACUUGUAGCUCACGAGAACUGCAACCAGUUCUACAUCUGUGCCAAUGGUAAACCCGUGGCCAAGUCUUGUCCUGCCAACUUACUCUUCAAUCCAAAUACAGAUCGUUGCGAGUGGCGCAAAUGUGUAGAUUGUGGGAAUCGCGUAGUUCCUGAUGAUGAUUGUAGUGAAAAUGAUAACAACAGCAGCGGCGGUGAAAGUGACGAAAGCAUUGACAGCAAUGACAGUGACGAUAAUGAUGAUAACGGCGAAGAUAACGAGUCCUGUGCUGGCGAAGAAGUCGUAAGAGGAGGCAAUGGCAACCCCAAUUUAGCACCUGAAAUCUGUUCCGCUGAAGGUUCCAAUGACGUACUUGUAGCUCACGAGAACUGCAACCAGUUCUACAUCUGUGCCAAUGGUAAACCCGUGGCCAAGUCUUGUCCUGCCAACUUACUCUUCAAUCCAAAUACAGAUCGUUGCGAGUGGCGCAAAUGUGUAGAUUGUGGGAAUCGCGUAGUUCCUGAUGAUGAUUUUAGUGAAAAUGAUAACAACAGCAGCGGCGGUGAAAGUGACGAAAGCAUUGACAGCAAUGACAGUGACGAUAAUGAUGAUAACGGCGAAGAUAACGAGUCCUGUGCUGGCGAAGAAGUCGUAGGAGGAGGCAAUGGCAACCCCAAUUUAGCACCUGAAAUCUGUUCCGCUGAAGGUUCCAAUGACGUACUUGUAGCUCACGAGAACUGCAACCAGUUCUACAUCUGUGCCAAUGGUAAACCCGUGGCCAAGUCUUGUCCUGCCAACUUACUCUUCAAUCCAAAUACAGAUCGUUGCGAGUGGCGCAAAUGUGUAGAUUGUGGGAAUCGCGUAGUUCCUGAUGAUGAUUGUAGUGAAAAUGAUAACAACAGCAGCGGCGGUGAAAGUGACGAAAGCAUUGACAGCAAUGACAGUGACGAUAAUGAUGAUAACGGCGAAGAUAACGAGUCCUGUGCUGGCGAAGAAGUCGUAGGAGGAGGCAAUGGCAACCCCAAUUUAGCACCUGAAAUCUGUUCCGCUGAAGGUUCCAAUGACGUACUUGUAGCUCACGAGAACUGCAACCAGUUCUACAUCUGCGCCAAUGGUAAACCCGUGGCCAAGUCUUGCCCUGCCAACUUACUCUUCAAUCCGAAUACAGAUCGUUACGAGUGGCGCAAAUGUGUAGAUUGUGGGAAUCGCGUAGUUCCUGAUGAUGAUUGUAGUGAAAAUGAUAACAACAGCAGCGGCGGUGAAAGUGACGAAAGCAUUGACAGCAAUGACAGUGACGAUAAUGAUGAUAACGGCGAAGAUAACGAGUCCUGUGCUGGCGAAGAAGUCGUAGGAGGAGGCAAUGGCAACCCCAAUUUAGCACCUGAAAUCUGUUCCGCUGAAGGUUCCAAUGAUGUACUUGUAGCUCACGAGAACUGCAACCAGUUCUACAUCUGUGCCAAUGGUAAACCCGUGGCCAAGUCUUGCCCUGCCAACUUACUCUUCAAUCCAAAUACAGAUCGUUGCGAGUGGCGCAAAUGUGUAGAUUGUGGAGAUCGUGUGACCCCUGAUGAUGGAUGUAACGAAAAUGAGAACAGUAGCAGCGAAAACGAAGUAAAAGAUGAUAACGGCGAUGACUCUUCAUGCGAAGACGAUGACGAUGAAAAAGACAAAAAAUGUGCCGCACCAACUGGAGAAGUCAGCAAUGACGACCCUAGCCAAGCAUCUGCAAUAUGUGCUUCUGAAAAUUCAGACGGUUUCUUAAUUGCCCAUGAAAACUGCGGACAAUUUUAUAUUUGUGAUCAUAACAAACCAGUUACAAUGGAUUGUCCAACUUCUCUUCUAUUUAACCCAUAUAGCGGCAAAUGCGAUUGGUCUCAUUGUGUUGUUUGCGGAGCGGUACCAGUCUACAGUUCAUUUAACAAGCACUUUCCAGCACGUCUAGCAUUUAAAAGGAUUCGUUAAAUAAGUAUGCAGUAUUCACUCAUAAUUUUAAAAUGAUUAAGCUUAUUAACAAAAAUAAAAAUUUGGUUGCCCACAGUUACUUGGAAUAUUUAUUGAGAAAUACUUUUUUUUAUCAUAUUCGUUUUAUCCAUGGUUAUUGAAUAAUUAAAGACUUACAAUCAAGCAAUAUUUUGGUUUAUGAUUUUUUAUUUUCUAUACAUGAAACAUUAAUCUAGUUAAAUUCACUAAAAAUACAAACUAGAGGCCAUCCAUAAAUUACGCCACACGUUAAGGGGGAGGGAGGGGAUCGACGAAGUAUUACAUUGUGUGAAAUUUAGGAGACCUCCCGUCUCCUAAAUUUCGUGACGUCACAUUUCAAAAUCUAUUAAAAUCUAAGUGUAAAACACGAACUUGAAACAUCUGCAGUCUAUAUUCUUUAUCAUACAAAGCCACUAAUCAACACAAGCAAUUACAUAAGAGGCAACGAGAAAUUUUUAUAUCGCGAAGUUUCGUGCUCAAAGAAUUGCUGCUAGAAAACUUCUUAAUGCGGAUGAUGACGAGAAUGUAGUACGUAUAUGGUUGGAUGAAAAAGAUGUUGAAACAUUUUCUAGUGCAUAGCAUAGUGGCUGCUAUGCUAGUUAUAAAUAAUUUAAAGAAUUUUGUGUUCAAAACCCAUGCACUCGAGACUAGUUACUAUCUUUAAUUUAUAUAUGUCGCAGCAUAAGCACAGUGUGGCCCUAUCGAAUGCAUAAAUCUGUCCUUGUCAUAACCUGAAUUGAUUGUCAUUACUAAAGCCAUCUAUCGAGUUCACUCGUAACUUAUGAUCGGAAACGUCAAGUGAAUACUUGGGUAAGGUCGAUACAGCGCCGUUGGUUGCUCUGUGUUUUUUUUGACGUUUUGGCAGAAACGGAAAGGGAAAUGGACGUCGGAUUAUUGUACGGUCGUGAGAAUUAUAGACGAGUAUAAUUUUGAAGCGCUGUAUUGAACUUACCGCGUUACCGAAUAAAUCCAUUUCUAUCGAUGUGCUCCUUAAAUACUUAGCUACGAUUGUUUGUUUAUUGAAGAAAUACACGUGUGUGAUUGUUCGAAAGACUAUUAUUUAGUAUUUCCAAAGAUGUCUGACCGUUUUGAUAACGAGAUUGGUAAUCGCCCUCCGUUAUAUAUAAUUCUAUUAGUAUUUCUUGUUUUGUUAAUUUCUGACAAUUGUUUUUUGUUUUGUUAUUCGUUUGAUUUGAUGUUAAAAUUAUUAAAAAAUAAUAUAAAUGGAAAUAAAACUGAUUUC